GCAACCGACCCAAACUCCGUUAGCAGGUGGAGGUGUUUGCUAGCUGCACCUGCAGAAGAUAUUAAUGUUUCCUCAGCGGAGACACAGGUGAAGAGUCAGAGCUCAGGAUGGAGGAGCUUCACCUUCACCUGCAGACGACUCGGUUCAGGUGAGUCCAUCAUGGCGUCUGAUGUGUCUGCUCCAAGUGAGAAGGAGGUGAAGGUGAUGAGGAAGAGGAGGGAGCGGGAGGUGAGGACGAAGGCCUCAGAGGCGUCCGAGGUUCAGACAGUCGACAUCGAGGAAUUAACGUCGGCCGGUCACCGAGCUCUGCAGGACGGACGAGCUGAUGACGCUCUGAGGUGCUUCAAGAAUGCUCUGAAGGCUGCAGGACAGCUGCAGGACUCCCGGGUCCUCCGAGCCUGUUCCUUUAACCUGGGAGCAGCCUACGUGGAGGUGGGAAGACCUCAGAAAGGACUGGACUUCCUGCAGCGGGCUCAGCCCGGUCCAAAGGCCGACCGGCUCCCGGACCUCCAGUUCAACCUGGCCCUGGCCCACAAUGCACUGGGGCAGGAUCAAGAGGCUGCCACCUACUUCCUGCAGGCCGCUCAGCUCUACAGGUCGCAGGGAGACGGAGGCAGCGAGGGAGACGCCUGCAUGGAGAUGAGCCGCUGCUACAGCAGAACACAGGACUGGUCUCUGGCGGUUCAGGGUUUCCUCCGUGCAGCUGAGAGUUACAAAGUGGUAGACAUGUUGGAUUCUGCAGCCGCUGCCCUGAAAGAGGCAGGAAACCACAUGAUCCAAUCAGAUCAGUUCAGCCAUGAUGACAUCAUCAGCGUGCUGACGCAGUGUCAGAGUUUGACGGACAGCAUCACAGACCCGAGGACGCUGGGUGAGCUGUACCUGUCAGUGGGCGUGUCUUACUGCCGGCUCAGGUGUUUCCAGGAAGCGGUGCAGUGCUUCCAGCAGGCUCUGAGCCCCGCUGCUCAGCAGCCCCCCCUGCUGGCCAAAGUGCUGCACAACCUGGGAGCUGCUCUGAACUCAGUGGGCCAGUUCACACCUGCUCUGGGCUACCACAGGCUGGCUGCUGGACUCUACGGCUCUCUCGGUUGCCGUGGCGACCAGGCUCGGUGUUUCAGUAACCUGGCGUUUGCCUGCAGUCAGCUGGGUGAUGAGGAGGAGGCAGCAGAGAGCUUCAUCCACGCUUUGCAGGGAUUCAGAGACACAGGGGACCACCUGGCUCAGGUCCAGGUGUGUGAGUCGUUAGCAGAGUGUUACCUGAAGCAGAAGAAGCAGCAGAAAGCUGUUCAGUUGUACAAACAGGCUCUGAGCGCUCUGUCCCACUGCAAGGACGGUUCUGGUCGUGUUCGUGAUCAUCUGGUGGAGCGACUGACCGCAGCUCUGCAGCAGAGUCUGACCCUCAGUCUUCAGAGGCCACGCCCACGAGGACCCCUGUCCACCCAGGCCACACCCAAGCAUUCACCUGACGAACAGCGUGUCAGGAAGUCUGACAUCACACAGAGUCCAGGCACAGCGUCCAACCAGCAGCAUGAUGAGCAGAGGGGGGAGGGACCAGGAGCAGAGGCCUCAGGUAGACAGGAAGCAACAGAGCAUUGUGGGUCAGCAGAGGGCGGAGCCACUGAGGGACCUGAAUACAUGAGCAUGGCACCUGGACUGCACAGUUCGUACCAGUCAGACCAGCUACAGCACAGUGAGUCACUGGAACCCCACACACCUGGUGAGCUGUGGUCGGACAGAGAGAACCUUCACACUGACAGUGAAACCUCAUUGGUCCAGGAGACAGAGGCCCCGCCAACCAGCUCAGGUGACAUCAGGGAGGCGACGUCCCUUGUGGGCAGGUGGAAGUCUAGGUUCUGUUUGCUGAUGUAGACUCAGACAGGAAAUCCACAUGAGUUCAGAUCCUGUCCCUCCUCCACAGCUGAUAAUGUCAUCAGUUGUGUAUUGAUUAUAUAUUGAUCAUCAGUGGGACUGAACUGUGGUUUCCAUGGAAACGUGAUCACCAGAAGGAAACAGUUUGAUCCACGUCAGAAACCUGCAGAGACAGUUUUUAGUUUUGUUCUUACUGAUAUAGUUCACACCUGCUCCUGUAUCACACCUGUUCUUGUAUUAUACCUGUAUGUGCAGGUGUGAUCAUGUGUAUGACUGUAUAAUAUUUGUUAUUUUGUUAAAAUGAACCUAAACCUAAAAGAUCAAUCAAUCAAUCAAUCAGUCAGUCAGUCAGUCAGUCAGUACCUGUGAGCAGCUAAAUGAGAUG